GCAGGACACACCCUCAUGGGAAGAUGAGCACACGUUAAAAGCUUCUGUUACCUGCCAUCUGCCAUAACACAUCUUAUGCUUGUGUCGCUCCUCAAGAUGACCACCGUAAACCGGGUUCAAGACCGGGAGACUGAGAGUGGAAGACAUAUAAUACAAGAUGAUAAAUCACCCUCACUGGGAUGCUUCGGCUGGUUCAUUAUCUUUAUCGCCAUCAUUAUCACCAUUGGAUUUCUUCCUGUUACCAUUUUUAUGUGCAUCAAGAUUGUGAGGGAGUAUGAAAGGGCCGUGAUUUUUCGAUUAGGUCGUAUUGUGGACAAGAAACCAAAAGGACCUGGAAUUUUCUUUGUGCUGCCAUGCACUGAUACAUUCAGGAAGGUGGACUUGAGAACUGUGACAUUUGAUAUUCCUGCUCAAGAGUUCCUGACGAAGGACUCUGUGACCGUGAGUGUGGAUGGAGUGGUGUACUUUCGUGUCUUUGACCCGAUCUGUUCCGUUGUCAACGUGUCCAAUUCAGACCACGCAACACGGCUGUUGGCACAGACCACCCUGAGAAACGUCCUGGGCACAAAAAACCUGUCUGAGCUGCUGUCUGACAGAGAGGGCAUUUCAAACAGCAUGCAGAUUGCCUUGGAUGAGGCCACUGGCGUAUGGGGCAUUAAAGUGGAGCGAGUGGAGAUAAAGGAUGUUAAACUGCCUCUCCAGCUCCAGAGAGCCAUGGCUGCAGAGGCUGAAGCAACUCGAGAAGCCCGUGCCAAGGUGAUUGCAGCUGAGGGUGAGAUGAACGCCUCGCGGGCCCUGAAGGAAGCGUCUCUGGUGAUGGCUGAGUCUCCAUCAGCUCUUCAGCUGCGAUACCUCCAGACUCUGAACAACAUCGCAGCAGAAAGAAACUCCACCAUUAUCUUCCCCUUGCCCAUUGAUAUCAUUCAGCAUUUCAUAUCUAAAAGAGAUUGAUGAAUCGAGAUUAAAGCUCCACUACUUGUGUUCUUAGAAAGUUAUGUAAUGUGACAUUUCCAGGUGAAACAUAAUUCAGUGAGAAACAAUACAGCCUUUAUGCAUUAAAUUAACUGGGUAGUGAAAUAUAGUUAUGACUCUUUAACAGACUAAAAAUUAUUAAUUUCCUUCAAAAGUCUUGUAGCUGACUUUCAGCUCAUUUAAAAGGAAGAAACAGGACGCUUUUACAUGAUCUUUUAAUAAACCCAAAGUGCAAUAAAGUGCAACAUAAUCAUCAAAAGAGUUUCUGAAUGCAUCACAACAGUGAUUAGCUACACUAACAAGGUUUGAAUCAAAUAAAUUACUGUAUAUCACAGCGUUAAGACAUGCUUUUCCAUUAACGUGUUGUAACAUAGAUCACACAUAAAGCUCAUACAAGCUGUACAACACAAAUUAGGAGAAGAGAAAAAAAACGAGGACAUUUCAGUAACACAAUCAUGGUACAAUCCUCUCUUAAAUAUACGAUAACAGACAGUUGUGUUUGUAUUCAAUUUAAAGGAACAGUUCAUCAAAUGAUUAACAUUGUGUCAUUAUUUAUUCACCAUUAAGGCCCAUUCACUCCAAGGACAAUAAUUACAGUGAUAACGAUAAAGAUAUGGAUCUAAAAACCAUUCUAAAGAUAAAAGAAAAGCAGAGUCCACACCACUAUAACAAUAACGGCACAGAGAAACGAUACCAUUGGAAUCACUUUCAGAACAAUUUUUUCCCGAAAACAUUGACAGCCAAUCAGAAUCCAUUCUGCUUUAAAGAGCUUGGACAUUUAAAGUGGCAGACGACAAAACUACAGCAUGCACUUAGAAUAAACAGAACAAUAUUGUGCGUUGGUGUGGACACUAAUAUAGUUAUCAUUAUAGUUAUCGCUCUUGGUGUGAACGGGCCUUUAAAUUGUAUCAAACUCGCAUGCUCUUCUUUUUUGUCCUGCAGAACACAAAAGAGUUGUGAAGUCUUCAUGCAGCUUUUAUCCAUACAAUGGUAGUUCAUUGUAUGGAUUUAGAAAACUUGGAACAUAAUACACAAGUCAUAUGUAUUACUGUUUAUGAUGUUUAUGGUGCUUUAACAUCUUUUUUGGAGAUAGUCAGCUUAUAGUCACUAUAAACUGUUGUAUGGAAAAAC